AUGGACUUUAACAUAACAGUAACUGACAACAGCCUCAGCAAGGCAGAGUUACAGCAGGCUGGGGGAUAUCUUGAUAAAUUCUUUCCAAUUUUUACAAAAACACGAAACCAAAGUAUAGCAGAAAGGAUUAAAGAAAUGCAGAAGUUUUUCCACCUGCCUAUAACUGGAAAAUUAGACAAAGAAACAGAAAAAAUAAUGCAAAUGCCUAGAUGUGGUAUGCCUGAUGUAGCAGAAUACCAAACAUUUGCUGGAUCUCCAAAAUGGGAAAAGACAGAUUUAACUUACAAGAUUCUCAGUUAUACAUCUGAUCUACCCAUAAGGAAAGUGAAUGAUGCAAUUAAAAGGGCCUUCAGGGUAUGGAGUGAUGUGACUCCGCUGCGCUUCCGAAGAGUCUACCUGAGGCAGGCAGACAUCGAGAUUAAAUUUGCACGUCGUGAGCACGGUGAUGGAUUUCCUUUUGAUGGAAAAGGUGGCACGCUGGCCCAUGCAUUUCCACCUGGAGAAGGGCGUGGUGGAGAUGCUCAUUUUGAUAAUGAUGAAAAAUGGUCAGACGUCGAUCAAGAUAUCAAUUUGUUCCUCGUUGCUGCUCAUGAAUUUGGCCAUUCUUUGGGACUUGAUCAUUCAAAUGUCAGUGGAGCUCUGAUGUACCCUACCUACUCAUAUCAGAACCCAGAAACCUUCAAACUUCCAGCAGACGAUAGGCGAGGAAUUCAGAAGUUAUACGGUAAAAAGCCAUCAAACUCUUGA